AUGGCUGCUAUUUCUUCAAACAUAAAACCCCAUAGUCAUGGCCGAUCCAUCAGCUUACCUUCUACAUUAGACCAGGAUCAUGCAUUCAAUCAGUUCUACAGAUCUCACACUUCUCAAGAAGCCACCACAUCGUGUCCAUCAUCAUCACACAUAGGCGAUAAGCUAAAUUGUGUGAAUGAUAUGUAUGAAUCCAUUCAGCCGUUCCUUACACUGCCAUCCACUCAACAUUCCUUAUCCCACGGAUGCCUAAAAGAACAGCUGAACAAGUUUUUGGAUGAACUUAUAGGGCUUUUGGAUCUGUGUAGCACAAUCAAGGAUGCCUUGUCUACAUCUACGGACUAUGCUAUAGAUCUCCAGUCACUUCUGCGGCGUAAAAGAGGCGAUAUCCAUGGGUUAACUUCCUCAGUCGAGGAUUAUCUAUCCAAUAGGAGAAAAGUAAAGAAGUCUCUUUAUAAAGCGUUGUUAGGUUUGCAGAAGCAAUCUGGUUCUUCAACAAAGGAAUGCCCCUGUAAAACAUCAAACAUCAAUAUAUUGAUGGAAAUGAGAUCAAACACAUUGGCUGUGUUUGAGUCGUUGUUGGUGUUUCUUCUUGGAUCAAAUACACAGUCAGGGCCAAAAGGCUGGUUUUUGGUCUCAAAAAUGCAUCGUAUAGGCGCCAAGCGUGUGCAGUGUGUUGAAACAAUUGAAGAAAGUGUAGUUCAGAAGGUACAUGAUGAACUACACGUCUUAAUUAGAAACAAGAACACUAAAUCAGACAGAUUAGUUCUUGAGAGUAUAAAAAGAGGUCUAAAGAAAAUGGAAUUCAGCCUCCAAGAUCUAAUUGACCAAUUAGAAGGCCUUUGCAGAUGCUUGAUCAAAAGUAGAGUGUCAAUUCUAAAUAUCAUAAGCUGCUAA